AUGGACAUUCUCCGCUGUCGAGUUUUGACUUCCGGCAUCUUCGAAACCCGAUUUUGUGUUGACAAAGUUCAAUUUCACAUGUUUGAUGUUGGUGGACAGAGAGACGAGCGGCGCAAGUGGAUUCAAUGUUUUAACGAUGUCACAGCUAUAAUCUUUGUCACCGCUUGCUCUUCCUACAACAUGGUUCUUCGAGAAGACCCAAGUCAAAACCGGCUACGAGAAUCUCUGGAACUAUUUAAGUCGAUCUGGAGCAAUCGGUAA